GCGCGCGCAUGGCGGACACGGGAUGUAAAUAACCUAACAGAUACUACGCACAUACAGAUCAGAUUCAGCACAACCCGAACCAUACGGCCAGUUUUUCAUAGACAUGAGAUUGUUGACCUGGUCAGCGCGGAUGGUUUUAUCCGCACGCAAGCAGCCGCCAGGGGGCAGUCGAGAGUUCUGGGGGUGGCUCAAUGCUGUUUUCAACAAAGUUGAUUAUGAGCGUAUUAAAGCAGUGGGUCCUGAUCGAGCUGCUGCCGAGUGGCUCCUGAGGUGUGGAGCAAAAGUUCGGUUCCGUGGCUUCGACCGCUGGCAGCACGACUACAACGGACUCCCGACUGGGCCGCUGGGCCGGUACAGGAUAGAAGCUAUUGAUGCCACAGAGUCCUGCAUCAUGUAUCGUGGUUUUGAUCACCUGGAGGGUCUCGAGCACUUGGAGGAAAUCAGGUUAAAUAAGUGUAUUUAUAUAGAAGACGCCUGUCUGGAGCGUUUGAGUCAAAUAAAGACGCUGCAGGACAGUGUGAAGAACAUGACGGUAGUUUCCUGUGGUAAUGUGACGGAUAAAGGACUCAUCGCUCUUCAUCAGCUCAGGAACCUGGAGUUGCUAUUUCUCAGUGAUCUCCCUGGUGUAAAAGAUAAAGCUCAGACUGUGGACAGACUCCAGACCGCACUUCCCGGACUCGCCAUAGAACUGGAUCUCGCUUAACCAAUCACAUCGUCUCUCAGAGCACAUUUGGAACACCACAACUCUCACAGCCUUGUGACUAGGCCAGAAAACCCCUCUGGAGGAUGUCCAUGACUCCUGUGGCAACAGUAUUCAAGCAACUGAGCAUCCCAGAGACGGAUCCAGCGAGCUGCUU